AACAGACAGCAGACUGCUGCAGAUCUUGACACACUAAGAUGAGUGCCAUUUACAACCUGCUGCAGAAGCACCGACUGGAAGCUUACUACAACAAAUUUGUAGAGUUAGGAGUAAAAGAUGAAAGGGAUUUCACUGAUGGUGUUUCAGAGGAAGACUUAAAAAACCUUGGACUGACUCAAGUGGAGAAGAAUCGUUUCACUUUAUUGAAGAACAAUGUUUCCAGAUUAAGAGCCCCAGCCCAGUCAGUUCCAUCAUUACAAAAGUCAUUGAAAGCAUUCUCUCUGAUGUAUACGUAUCCCAAAUGCCCUGAACCAAAAUGCAUCAAAGAUAUGGAUCCCUCUCAGAACACAGUCGAAGACCUGAUGCUAAGGAUAAGUCACAAUGAAUGUCUUGGCCAAUCCAUGGAAGUUUGUCUCUUUACAAUGGAUGGAAUGCCCCUGACGGAUGAUCCUUUCUUCAACACAUGGUCAUUACAAGACAGACACAUUAAAAACGGAGAUGAGAUUUAUGCAAUAUUCACACCAAAGCAAAAUGUGAUAAAAAUUCCUGCUUCUCAAAAAUCAGAUAUAGAAACCAGUGGAACAGACAAGGUUCGAUGUCAUGUCAUGCUCAAGCAAAAUUAUGAGCUUAGUGUGAACUUGAAAGAAGACACAAUUGGUGUUUUGAAGAAAAAGCUUGCAAUUGAGAGUGGGAUUCCAGGGCAUGUCCUACAUUACAAAGGUGAUGGUAGCCCUUGUGACACACUGGAGAAUUGUGGAAUAACUGAGGAGUCAACAAUAUUCUUCUCACUGUCCUCGUUCUGUGAUGAAGAUCGAGAAUGUGACUUCUUCAUCAAUGACGUUGAGCCUUCAGUCCAGCAAACUUCCACAGGAAUGAGCUAUUUGCUUUCAUCUCUCUAUAUAAUUAAAUGUAAAUUUAGUGGGGAUGAACAGAAAAGACUUAUUAGCUACAUACGGAAACUUACUGGAUGCAACCCACUGGCUCAGAGUUUGUAUCAGUUACUCUGUAAGAAUGAACGCAUAUCCAGAAAUCAAAAGAUUGCUACAGUUGAAGGACUCUACAUGCUGUUUAGAGAGCUGUUGCCCGCUGUUGGAGCAAAACAAGGUGGAAAGAUCAUUGAUGAUCAAGAUGUCUUUGAACACUCAACAUACUGCUGGGCAUAUCUUCUGUCUGAAGCAAAGAAACAGACAGCAGAGCAUGAGAACUUUGCACCAUAUGCUUUGAACAGCGAGGAUUGCAGCCGUUUCCGUGAGCCUGUCAUAGUGCCUGGGGUACCAAAUGCUAUGGAAAGAGCAAAUGUUCUAAAAAAAAUAGAAGAUGGAGACCAGAUUCCAAACUGCACUGAGGACAAUUUGCAAAUAACUUCACUUGUGAGAGCCACUGACAUUGAGAAAAUUCUGCUCAGUGUUCAUCCUUCAGUAACAACUUACCAUCUUUGGAUUUCCCAUGGCAGUGUGACUGGACAGAACUUUAACAUAAAUACUGGGAAGACUUUUGGAAGCUUGGCAGAAGACCUGAAGGCUUUCCCACAACUCCAUGUCACCCCACCAAUGCGUCUGAAGGAUAUAGGACUUGACGAUCCAUGUCUUGUUUUUCUGAGUAAAGAAAAUCUUGGUGUUUAUCACAAUAAAAAUAAGAGAGAACCAGGAACAAUUGAUGUUUAUGACUGUAUGACUGGCAAGUCUAAAACUCUGGAUGUGAAUGAGCUGGCAGCUAAAAUUGGUGACCAAAGAGAUGACCAAUCCAUUAUCACAACCAGGAAUCCGAAGGAGGCUAUACAGAUUCUGAUAGACACAAGCUCAUCAAUGAAAGAAACUUGCUAUGGAAGUGUGGACAUUCAAAAAAUUCAUGCUGUAGCAGAACUUUUUGACAAUUUUGCAUCGCGAACCAUGGCUUAUGAUUUUCAUCACAUCAUUGGCCUUGUGACAUUUUCCACAACUGUCAAAACAGUACACACAUUCACAGAAACACUUGAAAAGUUUAAGGAGCAUAUUCGUAAUCUCAAACCAUCUGGACGAACUUUGUUGUAUGAUGCUUUGGAACAUGGAAGGCUGGAGCUGGAAGAAGUAAAAAAGAAGUUUCCAGAAUGUAGACUUCGCAUUCUGUGCCUCACAGAUGGAAAUGAUGUUGGAUCCACCAAACUUCCUGCUGAGGUUGCAGAAAACUUAAUAAAAUCCAACAUAACAGUGGAUUCAAUUCUUCUUGGAAAUGUGGCAAAUAACAUGCUGCAUGGAACCAGUAUCGCAACAGGGGGUUGCUGUUUCAAACCAGAAACGAGCAAAGAUGGAGUCAAGCUCUUUGAGAUUGAAACAGUUCUUUCUUUGGAGAUGAGGAAGCCCAAAAGCAAAGCUGACCCAUCCUCCAUUACUGAAACUGUUUUGAAUAGCUUCUUCAAUACAAAUGGCUAUGAUUCAUUUCCUGAUGCUGUAGUACCAAGUCAGAUGAACAACAAAGUGACUGUGGCCAAGAAUGCCCUUAAACUGAAGAUUGCAGAGGCCAAAGAUGGGCGUUUCAUGGAGAAAGACAGACGUAUUCUGGAGGAGCUGAAGAGUCUUUACCUUGAACCACAUCCCUAUAUUAACAUCUUUCCGUCAGAAUCUGACUUCACUUUCUGGAAGAUUCUAAUGGAGGGUCCGCCUGACACUCCUUAUGAGACAGGAACAUUUGAGCUCUAUUGCCAGUUUGGCCCUGACUACCCAGUGAAGCCUCCAACAGUUCGCUUUGUGACCCAUAUAUACCACUGCAACAUCAAUAAUGUGGGACGCAUCUGCCACAACAUUUUUGAUCGGAACUACAAUGCUCAGAUCACAAUGAGAGAUAUUCUUGAAGCUGUGUUUGGCCUGCUGAUUGCUCCUGAGCCAGAUGACCCGUUGGACAGCAUUCUGGCAGAGGAAUACUUGACCAGUAAAGAAUCAUAUGAACAAGAAGCCAGAAAAAAAACAGAGGAAGCUGCAGCAGAAACGCUGGAGGUUAAGGAAAAGGAACUGGUGGAGGAGGAAGAGAAGGAGUUUAUACCUCCACAUCUAAUUUGUCCUCUAACCAAGAGGAUAUUUUGUGAUCCAGUAAAAACAAGGCAUGGAGCGGUGUAUGAACGGAAGGCCAUUGAAAAAUACAUAGCAAAGUGGAGGUGGGAUCCCAUUGCUGGAGCAAAGCGUGUACUCAGAAGAACAGACCUAAAGCCAGACAAAGCGAUGAAGUCCAUGGUGACAAGCCAUCGUAAAGGACAACUUGAGACAUACGUUUAGCCACUAUGAAAAUAAGUUUUUUUUUUUUUUUUCACUAUGAGGGGCCACAUUUGAUCAUAGGUUAGAUGUUCCAACUUCUUACAUGAUGGAGUAUAAAGUCACAUGAUUCAAUGUUCCACCCAUCCUUACAGUGAGUGUUUGUCCCUAGUAGGAUAAUUAAGCUGCAUAGGAGAAAUGUUUAAUCUUGAAAUGUGGGCUAUUGUUAGGUUUGAAAUUAUGUUAUCUUGGAUUUCCUACAGUACAUCUAGUAUAUUGCAAAAACAUUCAACCCCUUGGCAUAUUUCAUGUUUUGUUGUUCCUAAACCUUGAAUUGUAAUGGAUUUUGUGAGACUUUCAACAGAAUCGUUACCAGGACGUCCUUACAAUUCUGAUUCUUUGUUAUGUACAAUAUGUAAACAAAUAUAACAAAAAAGCGUAGCGUAGAGGUUUUCAAACUUCAUCCUUAGGACCCACUGUCCUGCAUGUUUCAGGUCUUUCCCUGCUUCCACACACCUAACUUAUAUAAAAGGGUGAUUAGCUGGCCCCUACAACCUGUGGUUGCUCACGAGGAGUUAAUAAAAUCAUUUGAUGCAUAUGUGU